AUGCUGCACCAGAUCUUGCAGGACAUGUACAUCGACCCCGAGCUCCUGGCCGAGCUCAGCGAUGUGCAGAAGCACAUUCUCUUCUACAAGAUGCGGCAGGAGCAGCUGCGGCGUUGGAGGGAGCGGGAGAUGUGGGAGGCCCUGGAGCAGACUGAUGGCCUCAGGCCACCCAAGGUCAAGCGAGGUAUGUGGGCAGCAAGUGCCAAGCACAUCCAGUGGCUCCUGGGGGCAGAUGGUGAGGUCUGGGUCUGGAUCAUGGGAGAAGGCCCCGGCGACAAACCCUACGAAGAGAUCUCAGAAGAGCUGAUUGCAGAGAGGGCUCGACUGCAGGCACAGAAGGAAGCAGAAGAGCUCUGGAGAAAGAAAGAGGCAGAGAUCACCAAGAAGUUCCGGGAUGCUCUGGCCAAUGAGAAAGCCCGGAUCCUGGCAGAGAAGUGGAAAGUAGAGAUGGAGGACCGCAAGGCUGCCAAAACCUUGGAAGAACGAAUCCAUGAAGAAUUCAAGAGGAAAGAGGAAGAGGAGAGGAAGCGAGGAGAAGAGCAGAUUCGCCUGCAGGAGGAGCAGAGGGCCCAGGAAUUGUAUUGGUCCUUGAAGCAAGCGCAGCUGCAGAGCCAGGCCAACGAGAAGGAGGAGCAGGAAUGGGCUGAACAGUUGCGUCGCUCCAAGGCAGCCGAUGAGGAGAGAAGCCGCAGAGCCCAGCGUGCUAGGGAUGAAUACCGACGACAUUCGCUUCGCGCCAUCCAGAAGGGCACCGUCGCGGGCCUCAGCUCCAGGUUCCAAGAGCUGGGACAGAGUCAGGACCAAGAGGGGAGACUCUGUCAGCAACCUCCAGGCCUGGGGUCCCUGCCUGCCUUGGCUUUGCCUAUUAGCAGGACAUGGGAGCGCCCGCUGCGCCCCUUCUCCAGAGAUGCCAUUGUUCGUUGGUUUAAGGAGGAGCAGCUGCCACGCCGGGCGGGGUUCGAGAGAACCACUAGAUGCAUAGCCCCCUGGUUCCAUGGAAUUAUUAGCCGAGAAGAUGCAGAAGAUCUCCUGGAGAACAUGACCGAGGGAGCCUUUCUGGUGCGGGUCAGUGAGAAAAUCUGGGGUUACACCCUCUCCUACCGCCUGCAAAAAGGAUUUAAGCAUUUUAUGGUGGAUGCCUCUGGAGAUUUUUACAGCUUUCUGGGAGUGGACCCCAAUCGCCAUGCCACACUCACGGACCUCAUUGAUUUCCACAAGGAGGAAAUUAUCACUGUUUCAGGAGGAGAAUUGCUACAGCAACCCUGUGGACAGAAGGACAGCCCACCAGACUACCACUUAUUGUUUGAAUAA